UGUAUGGCCCUAGAGGUCCGGUCUCAAGCGGCUCCUUGGAUAUACGACACUUUAAGUAAGCAAGACCGUUGUGUGGUAGCCUCAAGACACAUGAACAGAACAAGUGUUGGAACCAGGAGAAACCAUCGUGCGAAAAGCACACCACAGGACAUUGGACAACAAGUUUACUGUUGUUAGCGAAGUGUUUAAACUUUAUGACUUCUGAAAUCGUGAUUUGUGAAAUUGUGGACCUUUCUGUCGGUGUUUCGUAUUCGUACAAGUGCCAGGACUAGCAAGAGUUCUACCUGUGUCAGGCAGCGAGUAGAGGAAGUCGCAGUGUGGUAGUCCGAAGUCGUUCUUACAAUUUACUGAAUUCCGCCAACAUUUCAAGCACUCAUCAACAGAUGGUGGACCCGACAAUCACAACAGAGAUAAACCUUGAACCACAGAGCAAGGAACCGAGCUCAAUGAAUACCUGAUGUGAAGAAUUCCUUGUAACUUAAGCUGCAUUCAGCAAUCCGGAUUUUAAAAAGCGAAUUAGGAAGUUCCAUUCCCCGACUUUUUUUCCGGAGCAACCACGAUGCCUUCCCUCUUCUGGCCCCUUGUGGUCCUCUCUCAGCUCUUUGCAGGCGCCAUGUUGGUUACCAUGGUGAUAUGGUUACAGCACCACGUUGGUGGGUUCGUCUGGGGUGCACCUGGGGGAUACCACCCAUUGUUGCUGACGUUAUCAUUGGUAUUCCUCUUCGGCGAAGCCCUCAUAUCCUUCCGUGUUUUAAGCCGCUGUCGCCUCCCAUACCUUGCCCAAAAGGCCAUACACGCGUCCGUCCACACCGUGAUUAUCAUCCUUCUCAUCGCCGGCCUCCGCGCCGCAGCCCUCGCCAAAGAUGCCCAGGAAAUUCACGGUGUUGUUCAUAAUUAUUCCUUGCACAGCUGGCUGGGGUAUUUCACCGUUAUUUUGUUUUGUCUACAGUUUGUCGCAGGAGGUGCUUAUUACGGCGCAGAGCGAUUUCUACGACAGGAUCAUCCGUUGAGGGCGCACUAUCCCCAAGUCCACGUUUUCUUUGGGAUUUUCAUGUUCUCGCUCUCCCUAGCGUCUUGCCUAACGGGGUUGAACGAGCUCUCCAUUUAUAAAAUAGCUGAAUACUCAAGCGGUGUAGCCUCGGGAAACAUUGGUAACAUCUACGGUCUGUCAAUGGUGCUCUUUGGUGGCUCCAUUGCUUUUAUUGUCACGAGGUCAGAGUACAAGACUGACAAGACGUCCACGCAAAACAUAGACUCGCCCCAACAGUGCCAGGCAGCCUAUCACGAUGCCUUACCAAACGUGCACGUUAUGGUUGGUGAUGACAUCACUGAUGAUGUCACGGAUGACGUCAUGGAUGGCGGAGACGGACUGAGGAUGCAAAGCAAGGAUGGUGUUUGAAGUAGUCAUCCGUCUUGUUCAUUAUUUUUUUUAUUUAAAAAUAAUUAUAAUGGUAUCUAGGCCUAAUGCAAGACGUUAUUAUCAUUUUGCACAAACAUUAAUAGCGCGCGCGUCAAUUGCUAAAGCAAAUCUCCAUGUAAUGCCAAUAUUCCGCCUUAUAUUAUUUAUUGUAACUUCGACAUUAGUGUAUUUACAUCAGUUAGAUUCAUUCAAACUUGUCAUAGUUUCAGAAUUGUAAUAAACAAAACUUUGAAAAUGUACAAUUGGUUUUUCUACCAAACUCUGUCAAGUUCAGGUUGUAGGCUAACAUGCACCAUAGUACCAGAGGCCUACAGCUCAGUUACCAGCAUCUAUAAAACCACAUUACUUGGAAGCAAACGUUUUGAAAAUCAGAACGAUGCAUAAAGGCGGGAAAUAAUAUGCACAACUAUCGAAUUAUUUGUAAGGAUAUUAAAGCUGACGACACGAUAAUGGUCUCAUUCUAAACGAGGUUUGAAUUUGUAGCUUGUAUCAUGGUAUGUAAUUCCAGUGAAUGAAAUACAUGUAGGCCUACAUGUAUAAAGAAUAAGAAGACAGUGCUACGUUGA